GGCCCCGCCCCCGUUGCCAUGGCAGCAGGCCGCGGCCGGGCCGUUGAUGGCGGACGCGGGCGCGGCCCCGGCGCUGCAGGCCCUGUACCGCUGGCUGGACACGGUGCCGCUGUCCCGGCCCCGCAGGAACAUCGCCCGCGACUUCAGCGACGGGGUGCUCGCGGCCGAGGUGGUGAAGUUCUUCUUCCCCGCCAUGGUGGAGCUGCACAGCUUCGUGCCCGCCAGCUCCACCGCCCAGAAACUCGCCAACUGGGGCCACCUCAACAGGAAGGUGCUGAGUAAGCUGAAUUUGCGGCUCCCGGAGGAGCUGAUCCGGGAGCUGGUGCAGAGCCGGCCCGGGAGGGCGGAGCAGCUGCUGCUGCUGCUGCGGGACAGGAUCCAGGAGCGCCGGGCACGGAGCCACGGAGCGGCACCGGCCGGCCAGCCCCCGGGAGCUCAGGCGGUGCCAGAGGAGGGCGGAUACCUGGACACAGGUGAUUCCAAGGGCAGGAGCGACGUGGGAGGGGGCUGCUCCUGGGAGGGGGCUGCCAGGGGGGUGACAAAUCCCCCCAGGGGGGUGCCGGGGGACGCUGCCAUGCGCCUGCAGCUGGUGGAGCGGGAGCAGGCGCUGAGCCUGGCACGGGAGACCAUCCAGAUCCUACAGGCAAAGGUGGAGCGGCUGGAGCAGCUCCUGCUCCUCAAGAACCUGCGGAUCGACGACCUGAGCCGGCGGCUGCAGCAAGGACAGGGACGGGGACAGGGACGGGGACAGCAGCGCUGAGGGACCCUCGGGACACCUCCCACCACGCAACGACCUCCCAGUACCUCCCAGUGCCUCCCAGUGCCUCCCAGUGCCUCCCAGUGCCCUCCAGGGCCUCCCAGUGCCUCCCAGUUCCCGCCACGGGCUCCCGCUCCGUUCGCCUCCCACGCUGGGAAUUAAAGUCCUGGAUGGUCGCUGGGCUGAGCUG